GAAGUUAUUAGCUAUCCCAAUUUAGUAUGUCUAGUUGGGUAUCGGAUAAAUUAGAUAGAAAGUCUAUUUACUUGGUUGAUUUGGUUUUUCCUUAAUACGAACCUUCUUCUUGACUAUCGUAAAACCUAGUAACUCGACUUACAUCAUUUACGUAAUGGAAUUGUACAAAUUUAUCAUUGUGGCAAUUACUUACUAUUGUAACAUAUUCAUAUUUACAAUAAUAAAACAUCUUAAAUCUACUAAAUAAAACUAAAACGAACAAAAUUCCAAUAAAGUACUAUCGUAUAUCGAGUUGUCGGGAUUAAAAGUAGCAAUAUUGCACAUGCGCAAGUAUAUUUACACUUGAUUAAUUAGAAUAGACGUUAUAUAUUUCACUUGAGUGUCGGACGUCAACCGGGUUGGAAUUAAGACGUGUAUCUUGUGAGUGGAGAAAAUGAAUCGAGGGCAAAAAUUGGUAAAUCUGGCCGCUGAAAGCAGAAAUUAUACCGUAGAUGAGAUUACGAGAAAAUCAGUAUUGGAGGAAUCUCCUUCACCUAUGGAUGAUUCAGACGAAGAUCCGGAUUUUGAUCCAGACAAGCCCGUCAAACAAAGCGGCCGAAAAGAGAUUCCGAGACAUUUUACCCAAAAAGAUCUUUCCUUAACGAAUAAUUUACAUAAAAAAGAACCACAACGAAAAAAAAAUAAACUAUGGCAGUAUACUGAUCAGACUAUGAUCUUUCCAAGUCCCGAGCCUUGGGAAAGUGAAGGUUUGAGAAAUGUAAGUGAUUAUACCGAUCUUGUGCUUCAAUACUGGAAGGAGAAUGUAGACAACACACCUUUAGAUGUACCUGACGAAAGAAAUGAAACUGUCACACGCAAAAAAACUAACAAGAACAGCAAGAUUUCAAACGAUAAACUAAGGUCACCAUGUAAAACGAAUUGUAGAAGGCGCUGUAGAGAACGAGUAUCAGAAAAUGAAAGGCGGAAAGUAUUCGAAUAUUUUAAUAAACUUGAAUUCUCGAAUAAACAAUUACUUUUUUCUCCAACCACCUGA